CAAGGAUGAAUUUUUUAUAUAUCACUUCGGUUAUGUAUAUAAUGAGACAUCUGAAUUAAUCUAGUUUAGUUCAUUUUUUUAAUCAACUGAUCUCGCAUUCGAAGCAGUAUGAAAAUUAAGGGAUUUCUAAUCCGAAUAGUUGCUCUCUUUUCCGUGUGCAAAGGAGCACCCCAAAUGCCAGGAGUUGGCAUGGCAGGUUUGCUGGGAUCUGUGUUGCCACUUAGAGCAAGGGUUGCAGCUGGAGUAGGAGCUGGGGCUGGAGUGGGUGGUGGAGCUGCUCAAGCAGGAUUGGGAGCUGGCGUGACAGCAGGAAUGAAUAUUGGGGCAGGCCUUGGUGCGAUGAUAGGAAGAUAAAACUUAUUUCUUUCCUUCAUGGUUUA